AUGAUAAAUCCUGCUCAAGAUGGCUUAGCACCGCCGGGGGGCGCGCCGUCAUAUCAACAACCCCUAUAUUUACAAGAACCUCAUCCGCCAGUUACAACUCACAGUGCUGCUUGUGCUCCUGCUGGAAAUUAUAUAAUCCAGCAACAACCAGGAGGGCAACAGCUAUUGAUGCUACAGCCAACCCAAGUAAUGAGCGGACCACCAACCCCAAGCACUCCAAACCAACCUGGUCCUGUGUAUGGAUCACCACAGAGAGCAUCACCCCCAGGCACUACUAGUGAUGACUCAGAUGAUAGUGUUCCCUCACAACAUUCUCAGUUGCCUGGUGAUGCGGAAAGCCUUCUGCCUAUCCAUUAUUGCUCAGCGAGCCGGCAGCAACAAACUGCGCUUCAUCAGAUGAAUUUGAACAUGGGAGUCAAAAGAUCCUCUCCUGAACCAAUUGAUAAUGGCAUGAGUCGUGGUCAAAUGCAAAAGAAACCCAAAGUUCAGAAGAAAAAGAAGAAAAGGGACCCCAAUGAGCCCCAAAAACCUGUCUCAGCAUAUGCCCUAUUUUUUCGUGACACACAAGCUGCUAUUAAAGGGCAAAAUCCGAAUGCAAGUUUUGGUGAAGUUUCAAAAAUUGUUGCAUCAAUGUGGGAUGCUUUAGAUUCUGAACACAAGAGUGUCUACAAACAAAAAACAGAAGUUGCAAAAAAGGAGUAUCUGAAAGCUCUUGCAGCCUACAGAGCAAGCUUGGUUUCAAAGGGCUCGGAGCAAGAAAAUCAAGUGAUAUAUAAUCAUAAUAAUGGAAAUGCAAAUUACGGAAAUUAUUACCAGGGUCAACCGUAUGGUAAUGGUCAUUCACCUCAGGGAUUUGUGCCAAAUAGCACUCCACAAGGAUAUUCACCACAAAAUUAUCCAGGCCAAUCUCAAAAUUCCUACAACGGCCAGAACCAACAGGCCUAUCCUUCAAACCCACAACAGUCACCUCAAACUUAUCAAGGAAACAUGGGACACCCAACUCAGUCAUACCAGGUUGUACCAAGUCAAUCACCACAAGGCUAUCAAGUGAACCCAGCUACUUCUCCACAAAAUUGUCAACCAAACAUAGCACAGUCACCCAGAAGCUACCAACAGACACAAUCACCUCCAAACUAUCCAGCAAAUGCUGGGUUAUCACCAUCUAACUAUCGCCAAGUGCAGUCACAGUCACCACCCAUGGCAAGUGUCCAUGCAGCCAUGCAAUAUCAUCAUGGUCAACAGAUGCAGCAAGUACCCCAAUAUCAACAACAGCCACAAAACCACCAACAAUCACAACAACAAAAUCAAAAUCAACAACUUCAUCAACAGCAAACUCCACAGCAAAUUCAUCAACAGCAAACACCACAGCAAAUUCAUCAACAGCAAACACCACAGCAAAUUCAUCAACAGCAAACACCACAGCAAAUUCAUCAACAGCAAACACCACAGCAAAUACAUCAACAGCAGCAACAGUCACAACAAAUGCACCAACAAACCCAACAAAUUCAUCAACAAGUUCACCAGCCACAGCAAGCCCAACUGCAUCAGUCACAGUCCCAGCCCCAGCAAACACAAAACCAAACAAUUAAAACUGAACAUAGCACAAAUGAGGAUGGUGCUUCUGGAAUGCCACAGCACUCUUCAGAGCAAAAUGAAACAAGAACUCCAACAUCUUGUGUCCGUCAAGGCUGCACCAAUCCUGCAAUAGCCAAUAGUGAAUGGGAAGAUGAAUAUUGUUCAAAUGAAUGUGUUGUCAGUCACUGCAGGGAUGUCUUCAGUUCCUGGGUUGCAUCAAAUGCUAACAAUCAAAUGCAAAGUUUUUCUGCAGUAAAAUAA